AUGAGUUUGAGUUCCUUCAUCGUGUCACCAGUCCUUCGUUUGAAACAGAGCAAUUUAACCACCCGUAUUUCUCCCCGUUACAGCAUCAUUAUUACAGGAGUGACCGUGCCCGCUGCGCGCGGGCCCGCCAAAGGAAGCCUGGAGGAACGGGCCGGCGCAGCCGAUCAUGGUGUCGUUGGCAAGUUGCCGACAGGGUCCGAUGAUUUCGGCGUCGGUGUAUUGUUGGUUGACGGGGAAUUCUGCCGAAUGAGUUCCCAAUUGUCGGCGAGAAUCACCAGAAUUCGAAAAGUGGGAUCGACUUUCCGAGGGCCUUGGAUCAGGUCGCGGUCUAGGACCCCCAGGAGUCGACCACUGCACGCCAUCCACGAUCCCUUGGGAAAGGGGUUUGCGGCGGUCCGCAUCCACCCGGCCAGAGACUUCCAGGGUUGCUGGUCGACGGGGAAGAGAACGAGGCACGUGGCAUAUGUGUAUGCCUUUGCGAGGAGGGCGGUCGUUCUCUGGCUGCAACCAGGUCCUGCUCCAGCGCAAAAUAAUGGGGCGUACGGAGUCAAGCCGCCAUCACUGGGCAGUGUCAGCGCCACCUGUACGGAGUGGGUUUCGUCUGUCUCCUAUCUAUUAACGCCUACGCCUUGGAAGAACAGGAAAACGAAGACGUCGUCGACGGGUUUGGCUUUGAGGGACCGGGAGGGGGACGAUGACGGCGUCGGACUGGAUGGUGGGGACAUCGAUCCACAGGCCCACUACGAAGCCUUCUUGAAUGUCCUUUCAGCGGUUCGAGGCAGCGAGAUCAAAGAUAUGACAGCGACUUCGGCGCUGAGGCGCUUGGACCAAGAGGCGAGGGCAGUUGACCCAAGCCAGGACGACAACAAUGCUGCCCAGCGUGGUCGCUAUUUCUAUACCAUGCUACAGGACCUCCAAGACUCGCCGUUCCGCGGCAUGGGACUGCCCAGCCGCGAGGAGAUCGACGCGGUAUUGAAGGUCCAGAAGAAAGAGGACAGCAACGUGACGGCGAAGAUCCAGGGCAGGCAAACGAAUCCGUCUUCUGCGCAUGUCGGCGAGCCACACGGGAGCCCACGGUUGCCCGUUCACGGAUGCGAAAGAUCUCCAGAAGGGUCGAUGGCAGUCUUGCUACCGGCGGCGUUUCUUGACGAGCGCGGCACACGGCUGCAGGAAGAAGGGGGUCGGCAGCAUUUCCAAUACAUCGGCGGCGAGGGCGGCACCGGCAAGUCUCGCGUCAUACACGCCAUCAAGGACAUGUUCCGGCUGAAGGACGGUCUCCACACGCUGCUCCUGACGGGCGCCAGCGGUAACGCGGCCGCGCUUAUCGGCGGAGUGACGCUGCACUCGGCGGCGAACAUUGCGUUUGAGGGCAGGGCAGCGACAGCAAAGAACGUCUCAGAAGAAGAGAAGCUGCGGUGGAAAAACAUGAUCAUGCUGGUUAUCGACGAGAUCAGCCAGUUCGACCCCGUCCUGCAGACCAGCCUCCUCUUGCCAACGCCUAGGGACCCCGGUGGACAGAGACCGGACAGCUCGGCAAAGCACUUAGCAGCGCAUAAGCUGGUCCUCCAGUUCGCGAACGUCGUCAUCCUCCGCGAACAGGUCCGCGCGGCCGGCUGUGCAAGGCUGCGGGGCUUCCUCCGGCGCCUGCGCAGUGGGGAGCAGACCGAGCUGGACUUCCAGCGGCUGAGCCAACGCGUCUAUACACCGUCGUGCGAGUCCUCCUUCGUAGACGGCAUGAGAGCCAUCACGCCUCUGAACCAAGACCGGUGGGACCUGAACAUGGCGGCCGUCGUCCAGUGGGCUCGUGCCCACGGUAAGCACAUCUCAGUCUUUGCGGCCAAGCACGAUACUGAGUCGGGGAAGCGAUUGAGUGCGGGGGACCUAUGCCACGUGCUCCGCUACGGAGACGACUCGCAGCUGCCGACCCCCGGCCUGUUCUUCUACGCCCAAGGGAUGCCGGUAGUGGUGACUCGGAACCAGUUUGUCGGGCUAAAGGUCGUCAACGGGGCGCCUUUCAAGGCCGUCGACAUCUUUCCCGACCUCGCCGCCGGCACCAUCGCCCUCGCCAGCGAUGUGACUCUUCAUCUUGGACCGCCGGUGGCCGUCCUCCUCGAGUCAGACGACAGCGCGGGCCUCGCCAUCCCCGGGCUCCCCAAUGGCACCAUUUUAAUCAAGAGCAAGACGGUCGCCAUCCCGAGCCAAAUGCGGGGCAAGGAAGGCAGAUGGAGGGGCAAGCCAGGUUUCAGGUGGGUCACCCACCGAACGGGGCCUCUUUGCACCCCGGCCUUCGCCAUGACAGAUCAGAAGAGCCAGGGCAAGCAGUUCUCCAACGUCCUCGUCAACCUCAAAGGCGUCCACUCCAGCGGUACGGUGACUCGACCCAGCUUCAUGAGCUUGUACGUGCAGCUGUCGAGGGCGCAGAGCUGGGACGGGCUGCAUCUGUUUCGGAAACCGGGGCGUGGCGACUUUAUUGAGCCCAAGAAUGUGCUCGACAAAGACAUGAGGGAGGCCAUCCUCAAGCUGGAACGACGGGGUGAGGAGACCAGACGGCGGUUCGAGCAAGACCACAGGCACGAGUCGUGGUUUCAAGAAUGGGCUGCCAUGCCUGAAUCUGGCCAGGGUACUGAAACCGAUGACGUAGAGGACGCGGCGCUCUGGCGAGACCCUGGGGUUUCCGAGCUCAGAUCGUAG